GACAGACUGCACUUCGAAACACUUCUUCAUCCUUGGUUUGCCGCAGCCAUGCAGACAGAAGUAUUCCGAUCCGUAUCCCUGUUUAUCUCAGAACUCACACGUUCAGGGACCGGAUUGCAAUGCUCUCUUUUGGGGAAUGGCACCGAGGGGUAAUGAUCACUGACCACUUGCGCACCUUACUUACCGUAAGCAAAUUCGGCUCACGAUGGCUCGUCCUUUGGCAGCCUCUCGGAAGCUCGCGUGUGUUUUGGCCUCGUGGACUAGAAUCGACGCUAUUGACCGCGGUAGGUAUAGUCCAGCAUACAGCGUCCAGUUGCACCCCUGCAAUGGUGACAAGACCAGUGGCAUUCACUCGAUUGUGGAGACACUGCAUUCUGCAGUCGUGAAUCAACAUACGGCAUUUCGCAAUGCCUUGGCUGCGUAUGGGCCGAUCACCCCUGGACCACCUAGAGACUCUCCGCUCUAGCUUGGGAGCUGGACACCAUGUCGACUGUACACGCUACUCUCCCUCUUGACUGUUUAAUGUCAGCGAAACGUCUGAGUCGUGAUUGUCGGAGGCGUCGCUCGGUGUCUGACAUGCUGAAAUCAUCCCGCGGAGUGCUUCAGCGCACGGCCGAGCCAGCGCCUAACUCACCUGAAAGGUCAGCUUCCAAGGCCUUCAACAGCGGCGACAGAAGCUGGUUUCAUUCGCAGUGACACACCGUAGCUCGCUGUUCGACUGUUGAAGUGCUGUUGUACUGCGAUGAUUCUACUUUUUGUAUGCUGCGAAAACAUGUAGAUGCGAGAUCCUUACGACUGCGAUUAACAUUCCGAGCGCUAACGUGACGCAGCGAUCGCGCUUCUCGGCGGCGAUGCC